ACUCAUUCCUUGAGGUUUUUCUACACUGGAUCUUAUGGAGUCAUGACCUUCCCAGAGUUUGUGGGUGUUGUGAUGGUUGAUGAAGUUGAGGUGAUUUACUGUGACAGCAGCAUUGGAGGAGCUGAACCCAAACAAGACUGGAUGAGGAAACUAAUCAAAGAUGAUCCAGAACACAUGGACUGGUACAGUAAUGAAUGUCAUACUAGUCACAACACCUUCAAGACCACUACUGAAAUUCUGAUGCAAAGCUUCAACCAAACUGGAGGUGUCCACAUUUACCAGAGGAUGUUUGGUUGUGAGUGGGAUGAUGAGACUGCAGAGGUUAAAGGUUAUGAUCAGUAUGGUUAUGAUGGAGAAGACUUCAUAGAAUUUGACCUAAAGACAGAGACCUGGAUCGCUCCAACACCACAGGCUGUCAUCACCAAAACACAAGUGGACAAUGACAGAGCUGGAUUAUCUUACAUUAAGAACUACCUGACCCAGGUUUGUCCUGAGUGGCUGAAGAAGUAUGUGAACUAUGGGAGGAGCUCUCUGCUGAGAACAGCCCUUCCCUCAGUGUCUCUCCUCCAGAAGACUCCCUCCUCUCCAGUCAGCUGCCACGCUACAGGUUUCUACCCUGACAGAGCCAUGAUGUUCUGGAGGAAAGAUGGAGAGGAGCUUCAUGAGGACGUGGACCGAGGAGAGAUCCUCCCCAACCAUGAUGGAACCUUCCAGAUGAGUGUUGACCUGAAAUCACCUGCACCUGGAGACUGGGAGAGGUAUGAAUGCGUGUUUCAGCUCUCUGGUGUGAAGCAGGACAUCAUCAAAAGACUGGACAAAGCAGGGAUCAGGACCAACAGGGGUCAGGCUGGAAUCACAGCUCUCCAUAUUAGUUUUAAAGUUAUUAGAGCUGCUUCAGCACUGUUCCUGUUCGCAAGCUGCUUCACUGGAGUCUUCAUCUGGAGGAGGAGGAAAGGAGGUCAGCUUUGAGAAGAAGAAGUGUGAAGAGGAUGCUGAACGUCACUCAGUGAAGAGCCACAGCAGACAAUAAUCAAAGUAUUGAUGCUUGAAAAAUCCAAUUAAUGUUGUUAAUUAUACAACCCAGUACUUUGGUUUAUGAUCAAACACAUGCAAAAUUAAUUCUAAACUAGAAGUGAUUUACAUCAGCUUCAGUUGUACUUUGUGUUUAUUGCUAAUUAGCAUGCUAGCACAUUGAACUUAGAUGGUGAACAUGGUUAACAUUCUACCUGCUAAACAUCAGCAUGUUAGCAAUGUCAUUGUUUUACCAUGUACUGUAUAUAGUCAGAAAUUCAAUA